GUUGUAAAGGAAUUGUCGCGGAUUACAUUCAAUUCUUUCAACUUUAUGUGACGCAACGGGAGAUUAUUAUACAUAAAAAAUUUUUUUAGAUGGCACAGUCGACAGGUUCACCAAAAGAUUUUUUCGGGAUAUUGACAACACAAGCCUUGUUGAAAAUACUAUUUUAUUGUAUAUUAGUACUUGUUAGCUGUGCUAUGUACUUGCUCGUUAGAAGAACUUUAAAUCCAGAACAAGAUAAACAGUCUUUAAGUUUUAUAGCGAUGGAAGCUUUGUUGGUUAUACACGCAUUAGCUGUUAUAAGCAUCGUCAUUUACAUUUUGCUGAAAAAGAAAAUAGAUUUAGGAGAUUUGGAAGGAGGACAAGAGAAAAGUUCGCUAUUGUCACCAGAAAAUUUACCAAAAUGUUCCGUUUACGAAACGUUUCUGGCCACGGCGAAUAAACUUUAAACUGAAUUGUCGUGAUUUUGACAUUUAAUGAAUUCCGGUUAACUUGUUUCUCGUUUUUAAACAUUUUACAGUGAAAGAUAUUGACUUUUGAAAGUUUUAAUUGUAUUUUUUAAAUAUGUUUUUUCUAUCAUGUAUUCCUGUCUU